AGUGGGCAUUCCCUUGGUCGCCAAGAUUAAUAAGCGAGAGAACUGUUAUGUUGGUAUCCGCAUGCACAAGUAAGUAAAAAAGGAGCAGAAGCGUUAAUGCAGCAGGGAGCCAACCUCGCUUUGAUAAUAAUUGAGGCGUUGGCAAGGGGACGAGCAGCCGAGCCAACCUCUCUCUCUCUCUCUCUCUCUUACUCUUACUCCUUGGGAUGUGCUUCACGGGACCAUCCGAACAUGAUCGUCUUGUAUGAAAUGGAGUGCAGAAGACACUCGAUGUACUACUGCAGGUCAAACAGUUGUGCUUGGACAAGAAAAGGCAAAAGAAGGGGGAAGAAAACCUGCAUCAGUUAAUCGAGUCCCACUGUUGGAGUCAUGCCCGGAGCGAAGAGUUUGAAGUCUCAUGACGGAGACAGACAGGGACCGGUCCAUUGAAGACCCCCCUCCAUCUUCAGCUACUUACUGCGUGCGCCACGGCAGCCAGCCACCGCCUGACUUUGCUGCUCUCUCCUCCGAGCCUCUCGACUCCCGAGGCUUUGCCUUUGUCAUAAAGACACACAUCUUGUUGCCCCUCUCUCUCCCCUCCUCCAAAGCAACCACAGGUUGUUGGGCAGCAAGGAGAAGUAUCCAUGUGUCCAUCCAUCCCAUCUCAUCCAUCCAUCUUCCCCCACCACCUUCCAUGGAGUAUUUGUCUGUCUUCCUGUCCUCGUCUUUUAACUCCCAUGUGAGACAGCUCUUUUCAGAGCAGCAGCAGUGGUGUGUGUUUUACAGCGUGAGCGGAGUUAAGGUAACUUUGCUUUCCAUGAAAGAGGCAGCAGAUCUAUCACAGACCUCUUCUGAAGUGACAGAUCCUCCUCUCCAUUGUUGCAGCAAAACUACCUCCGGAACCCCCCCCCCCCCCCCCCCUCUCCUAACCUUCCACCAAAUCAAGCAAAAAGGAGCCGUAUAAAGUCCGACCACCGAAGAUAUAGUGGUGGAAGCAGAGCCAUUUCCUUCCUCCUGACUCUCGGUUGUGUCUUCAUGGACUCCCAUCAAUGGCGAGGCCGGCUGCAGUCAGACCGUCAGCCUUCUGCAGGGCUCCCCAAGCUCCAGUUCUUGGAUCACCAGCAGUCACCUGCCUCUGCUAUCAGUCUGCUUGGACCUGAGCACAACAGCAGCCUCGACAACACGCUCUCUCCAUUCCCUAGUAAUCCUCUCUUUAUGAUUUCGAGCUCCCGAGUGUUCUUGGUCGGGAUAGGUUAUUUCACGUUGGCACAGUGGCAGGAACUGGAGCUGCAAGCUUUGAUCUACAAGUACAUGAUCGCUGGGGUUUCUGUUCCUCUGGAACUUGUUCUACCCAUCAAAACGAGCCUUCUCGGCGCAUCCCCAUUCUCUCACCGCCCUCAGCUUUACCACCAGCUCCAGCCAUCUUGGUUGCAGACAGGGUAUUGGGGGAGGUGGGUCGUCGACCCAGAGCCCGGGAGAUGCAGGAGAACAGACGGAAAGAAGUGGAGAUGCUCGAGAGAGGUUGUGGUCGGCCAAAAGUACUGUGAGCGUCAUGUCCACCGCGGCCGAAACCGUUCAAGAAAGCAUGUGGAAAUCCCCACACCGACUUCCACCAAUGGCUUCAAAGCUGCCCUUUCCUCGCCUGCAGGCUUGCCCCGAGCGAACCAUUUCGAUCCGUCUCCAUCAUUGCCUACGCUCGACAUCCUUCCUCUGGAUCAGAGAGAUUCAGACAGCAACACGGUUGAAAGGAGCUUCCAAAGCGAUCGUUCAAACUUCUGCCUUGGAGACAACAAAGCCGAAGGCUAUGUGCUGCAGAAAUUCUUUGAUGAAUGGCCAAAAUCCCAGCAAGAGGCCAAUGACACAGUUAACUAUACCAGCCAUCCAGCUUCGGCCACCCACCUCUCUAUCUCAAUCCCUGGGAACCUGUCGUCGGACUUCUCCCUGAAACUUUCCACAGGCAACGAUGCUAAGAAGCCCAGACAAGCGAGCAACAACGACGGCGCUGAUGGGCAGCUGGUCUGUUCUAGUAACAACUGGUCAGGAUGGGGUCACCAUGGGGAGGCCUCCAUGGGUGGUCCGCUCGCUGAAGCGCUCCGUUCUUCAGCCUCGACACACUCACCGACGAGCGUCUUGCACAAGCCAAACGGUUCGGUAUCUGAGACCAGUGGCAUUAGCCCAUGAGAAACUAGUAUUACCUGAUUUCAUUUCCUAAAACUUGGCUAUGAAAGCUAAGACUGCACCAGACUGAUCUCUGCUCUUCGGGUUCGCUGUAGCAUAUGGUAUCCUCUAGAGAGUUGUGGUUUGCAUGCAAUUAAGGUUCAUCCUCUGAGUGUUUAUCCAGGUUAGUGGAUGUUGGUGGUUAUUCUGUACUCUUUACAGUUCUACAGUGUGGUUUUCUGUACUCUUUUAUUUCUGCAAGUACUCUAUAAUGUGUAGUUUCUAAAGUU